UACCUGGUUGUGCUAUACCUAUACCAGCAUCAGCAACGAAAAAAUCUGAAUAAAACGUCAAACAAAACAAGACAAGUGACACAAAAAUUGCAAAAUUUCCAGUUAGGAUGAGCAUCCUCUCCAGACCCCUAAGACACAAUUUAGCUUUUAUCAGACACUAUUUCUGGAGAAAAGUCAAAGAGGGAUGCGAAUGUCCACCGCCACCACCCGAUAAAAUUGUCGAAGAGAAAAAAUGUAUUCCUUGCAGUUUCGUGAACUGGAAGCCGAAACCUAGGAAAGCCAUUGAAUGUAGACUCAAAGAGAGCAAGAAACCUAAACAACCUAGAAGAUGUUACGCUGGAAUGAAGCUAAAACCGCCUGCACCCGACUGUAAAGGUGAAGCAAUCGAUCCUUUUAAAAAGAAAUGUUGCCAAGGACAAAAGCAACCUCCACCAGAAGAACCUCCAGCCCCAAAACCGCCAGAAAAAGCAAUUCCAUUCGCAGAUUGGGAUAUAAACUGUAAAGAAUAAUCAAAAAAAUUGUAAAACAUGAAACGAAAUAAAGUAAUCGAAAUUUU